AUGUCGCAACCUGGCACAUGCUUGCAUGACCAUGACUGUAGCGAUCAUGACUGCGGGGCUGGCUUCUCCCUAUAUAAAAACGUCGACCUUCCCAAGGUGCGAGCUUUGAAUGAGGCAGUGGAGGGGAGUGCAGAGGGCGUGUUUCGCAGCUGGGAAGAUCGCAUGACCUUUCCAAGUCAACCACUGGACAGUAACGAGGAUGAUGCAGAGCUCAUACUCUUUAUCCCAUUUACAACCGAUGUGAAGAUCAAGAGCAUCGCCAUUAUUGGGGGAGCAGAUGGGACCAGCCCUGCCAAGAUGCGAGCCUUCACGAAUCGUGAGGACAUAGAUUUCUCUGUGGUUUCUGAUUUGACUGCAGUGCAGGAAUGGGAUUUGACAGAGAAUCUCCAAGGCGAGCUCGAGUACACCACCAAAUUCUCCAAGUUCCAGGGCGUGUCCUCUCUGACCCUCCACUUUCCUUCAAACUUUGGGGGUGAUUUCUCUCGGAUCAACUUUGUGGGACUCAAAGGAGAGGCCACUCAGAACAAUCGGAGAGCGGUGGCUGCAGUUGUGUACGAAGCACAGGCCAACCCCAGCGACCAUGAGGUUCCGGCUGAAAUGGGAGUUCCGAAGGUGCUCCAUCAUUAG